AUGUCUGACGCCUUCUCUACACCAGCUGAACACGCUCUAUCACACCCAGAGCUAGACUCAAUAUUGGAGAAUGCUCAGGCUGGUCCAUCGUCCAUGGGUGACGGCGUUGAAGGAAUGAGUGUGGAAGCAGCUUUUGAGGUGGAGGAUACUGUAGGAAGGAUUCUGAGUGGUGGAUAUAAGACUAUUGGCCUUCAGUUUCCGGACGAACUUCUCCCCUCCUCGGUACAGGUGUAUAGAGCGAUACAGACUAGAAUCCAGCAUACAGGUGCUCAAGCGUAUGUUCUUGCCGAUAGCACCUAUGGAAACUGUUGCCCUGAUGUUUUGAGCUGUUUGCAUCUUCCUGCGGACUUCUUGGUUCAUUAUGGACAUGCUUGCUUGACACCGACCGAUGCUCUUCCCGUACAUUACGUCUUUCCUCGUCGUAGGCUCAAUACAGCUCACGCUGUAGAGUGCCUAUUGGAGAGUGGCAGAGAUGACUCAGGUGGAGAAGAUGGUGCGGAAAAGGGUGGGAUUGUGGUCUGGGACGUUGCAUUCGACUGGCUGGCAGACGAGAUCAGAAAAGUCUUCACCGAGUCAUGUGCCUUUCCGUUAAGCUUUGCAACAAUUCAAAGACCAGCUACUUCUUCCGAACUUGACGGAAAAGACAAAGGCAAAUCUCCUGCUCUAAGAAGUAUAGAACCACCUGUGGGAGUUGAGUUAAAUAAUUGUAGAAUGUGGUACAUCGGUGAAGAGGGAAGGAGCAGUAUCAACUUGCAAAUGACUCAUGCAAACAAUUCUCUGUACUUGUAUUCUCCUGCAUCCUCGUCUGUCACUGCCUUACAUCGACAAACCUCUCGGCUCCUAUCUCGUCGACUAUUCGCUUUACACCAAGCACUGAAUGCGGAUAUCUUCGGUCUCAUUGUCUCGAAUAUUGGAUUAAGCUCUUCCCAGUCUCUUAUCAAGCAAUUACGGGAAGAUCUCAGGCGGGCGAAGAAGAAAUCGUAUACAUUGUCGGUGGGCAGACUGAACCCAGCAAAACUGGCCAAUUUUGCAGAAGUGGAAUGUUUUGUGCUAGUCGGAUGUAACGAAGGUGGUGUAGUCGAUUCAAAAGACUUUUUGAGACCUAUCAUCACUCCAUGGGAAUUGGAAUUGGCUCUGCAGGGUCCUGAACACGUAUGGGCGCCGGAGAAAUGGACACUGGAUCUUAACAAAGUUCUCAAAGAAGCGCAAGAUCGCGCAACUGUGGAAACGCCGGCGACGAAUGGAAUUGAAAGCGACGACAAUGAUGGGCCUGAGUUCUCCCUGAUAACUGGAAAGAUGCGGACCAAAAAGGUUUUCAAAGGUGCAACGGAUUCAAUUGAAAUCCCGAGCGAAGGCAUACAAUCUCUUACUUUACGAAAUCAAAAUUUCUCUCUGGCAAGAUUAGAAUCGGCGGGUAGCAAUUACCUUGCUUCGAGAGAAUUCAAAGGUUUAGAACCUAGAUACGGCAUGGACGAACCUAGUCUGUUGGAAGAAGGUAGAAGUGGAGUGGCGAGAGGGUAUACGGAAGAGAAGUAG